AUGACUGACUCAGAGGGACCUAUUUACGAAUGGCGACGAGCAUCAGUCAUUGCAGUUCUCUCAGGAGACACAAUCUGUGUAAAAUACACAGGUUUCGAAACAGGAAAUAAAGUAAUUAAAAUCGCUGGUUGCCAAGCACCAAAUUUAUCAUUUUUCACUUCAUCUGGUGUUGAUGAACCAUACGGAAUUGAAGCAUGGAAAGCACUUCGUAGCAUUUUAAAGACAAAAACAGUUCUUUUACGAGUUCCUGAAAUUUCGAGAUCAUCUGAACUUAUUAAAGUCCCAUUAAUAGGCGAAGUAGAAGUAAUUACAACAGAAGUCCGCACUGUCCAUGAUGGAAAAGAUGUUUGCGAAAGGUUAAUCGUAACUGGCUGCGCAAAACGUAUUAAUGACUUCGAUCCGGAGCGUCUGAAGCCAUUAGAAUCCCAAGCGAAAAGCAAAAACCUUGGAAUUUGGUCUACAUCAAAGAAAUUGGAGUGCGGCCCGCCAAAUAUCGAACAAAUUUAUCAGAAAACGGAAUUUACUGCAUUUUUAACAGACUUCGAUAAUAAUUGUACUGCAACACUAUAUUUACCAGAAGAAACAGCCAUUGUUGAACUCGAAAUUUGCGGAAUAUUCAUGCCGCCGAUGCCACCUGAGUUCAGAAACGAAGUUAACAGAUUUAUUGCCGAUCUACUACUCUCAGAACAUCUCAGAGUUCGUGUUCUACAAAUCAAUAAAAAGAAAAUGCUUAUGGGCGUCAUUACUGUCAACGGACUUGAUUUCGCAUCGAUACUACUUCAAAAGGGCUACGCAAUGCUUAACGAAGUUACUUGUUUUUACAGAUCUGAUUCAAAUAAUCUCGAAGUCUUCGAGAAACGAGCCAUCAAUCGCAAACUCGGUCUUUGGCAAACAUACCUUCCUCUCCAGGACCCUCCGCUUCCUCCAGAAUUCGAAGGAACAAUAAUUGAAAUCAUAUCUACUUCAAAACUGUCCAUCCGUCCAAAAGACCAACAGCAUGAAGUCAUAAUUACACUCAACGCGAUCCUUGUUCCAGCUUUCGGAGUCAAUAUCACAUCAGAACCCGGUGGAUACGAAGCUUACGAAUAUUUAAGGGAACAAGUAGGUAAAACAGUCAGAGUUGAGGUCAACGAUACAUUCGGGGACAUAAAUUACGGUACCGUACACGUCAGACAGUCAGCAAAUGCUGAAGUAAUGAUUCAAGAAUACAUGGUUAAGAACGGCUUAGCAACGAUUUGCUCUAGCGGUGUCAUUAAACCACCUAAAGGCAUGAAAGCAAUAGAAGCAGCUGCUGGGAAGGCUCCUCAGCCUCAACAAAAAAGAGCGAUUUCGUAUAUCGUACCAAGUGAAAUGCAAUUAUCGGAAUUUGCUAGAACAACCGGUGAAAAGAAAAAACAAGGAAUUAUUAGCGCCGUUUAUUCGCCUAUGUCGUUUUUAAUUGACGUUUUGGAUCCGAAUUAUCGAAUUCAGUUCUCAUUAAAGGACAUUGAAGCCUUUUCUCCUGAAGAAUAUAUAACAGAAGUCGCCGUUGAUUACCUCAGAACUAAUUAUUUGAACAGGGAAAUCACAUUUGUUAUCGGAGGAACGGAUAUAUCCAAUGGAACGGUCAGUGGUUACUUCGGAAUGGGUGAGAAUAAUGCCGACAUAAGAAUUGAUCUCUUAAAGAAUGGUUACGUCAGAUUAUUAAAAGAUGAUAACUUAAAACAGUACCAAAAACAAGCCCAAGAUGCAAAAAUAGGUGAUUGGUCACGUGCAAAGAGAUUAUUCCCUAUUCCACCACAGCCCCCGGCCCUUGUUUCCGUUUAUGUAACAAAAGUUAUUGAUCCGCUCACAAUUGCUGUUCAAACUAAGCCAAACUCGAUGAACUCCAUCAGAUUCGAGUCCCUGGAUUUAAUGCCCAAUCCAAAACAAGGAAAUUUGGUUCUUUUUGUUAGAAAUAAUUUCGCAUACAGAGCUUUAGUCAAAAAAGUCGAAGGCCAUGCAGUAACAUUGCAUCUUAUCGACUACGGAUUUGUUGUACAUGGCUUAAUUGAAGAAUUACGCAGAAUUACCGACCAAUUAGCCGGAAUUCAAGCAAUUGGUAUGACAAUGAAGCUUGCCUUCCUAUCAUUGUUCGAUACCAACCAAGAUAUGGUCGUUAGAUACCUCCACAACACAAUAGGAAGCAAACAAGCGUUACAAGCUCACGUUGUAGGCACUGCUUCGGCUCCUGAGGUCAUUUUAACUGUUGGAGAGACACUGGAUACAAUGUCUUUGCAGUAUUUAAUGAUCAGAGACGGUGCUGCAAAACCUGGCCGAGAUAUUCCUGAUACUGAUCAUCCUUUAUAUGGAGAUUUAGUCAAACACUUAUUAGAAGCUGAAAAAACUGCAAAAACCUCAGAUUUAGGCUUUUAUAACAAGAAAUAUUAA